AUGGCUCCAACAGAUGAAACGAAUCCAAAUCCCACUAAUCCAAAUCUCGCUCAACCAACCAUCAAUUACAGUGAUCCUUUGUAUAUGCAUCCAUCGGAGAAUGCCGGAUCUUCAAUUACUCCAGUUCUUUUUGAUGGAUCUGGAUAUAGAUCCUGGAGGCGUGGAGUUCUUCGAGCUCUUUCUGUGAAAAAUAAGAUUGUUUUCAUCAAUGGAAAACUGCAGAAACCAGAUCCAAAUUCACCUAUAUUUGCCCAAUGGGAACGUUGCGACGACAUGGUCAUGUCGUGGAUUCUCAAUUCAUUAUCAAAGGAUUUAGCCGACAGCUUGCAAUACGUCAACAAUGCGAAGGAAUUAUGGGACGAAUUAGCUGAUCGUUAUGAUCAAACCAAUGGUGCAAAACUUUUUCAGCUCCAACAGGAGAUUAAUGACCUUGCACAGGGAAAUCUAGAUAUCACUGGAUAUUACACCAAGCUUCGUCGACUUUGGGAGGAGCUCUCUACUCUGGACGUCAAUACUUAG